CGUUCGCCGAGUGGAGCAGGAUUUACCGCUCUAGUUUCUAGUUAUUGUAGGGUAAUUAAUUGUUGUAGAUGUCCGUAUUCGUUUCAAAACUAAAGACUGAAGCGCGCCACUAGCGAAUACAUCACCGGAAAAUCGUCCCCGUUAUUUAGUAGUUAAACUUGCAGUGCAGCUCCCUACAAUGGAUCAAGACGACAACGAGGAUACACCCGCAGCCUACGAGCCGGACUCGGCUGAUAUGGAUUUGCUACGAUUGCUCGGUCCAUUUAGCUCUAUGAUCACAACCGAUAAAGAUGAGCUGAUUAGACAGCUUCAGACGAUUGGAGCGAAUAUGAACCAAGCAACAGCUACUUUCUUCUUAGAAAUGUCCAAUUGGAAUCUGCAGGCUGCCGUUGGAUACUAUUUCGACACCCUUGGCCACGCAGGAAUGCCAUCGAUGAAAUUCCUCAAUGACGGUACUGUUGGAAAAGGGGAAAAAAUAACGCCAAACACCGAAUUUCAGCUGAAAUUUCUGGUGCAGAACAAUGGAGAUAUGGCAUGGAUUAGCGGAACAUACAUGUGUCUAAAGACCCCAGCAGACACACAGGCGCAAGCGACGAGUGCCCUCAACAAAAAAUUCUACGUGCCUUCGAUAGCCACUAAUGAAUCGGUACUCGUGACAGUACAAACGGUUAGCCCAGGACUAGAGGGGCAAUAUGUGACCCAUUGGGCCAUGUAUACACCUAACGGGUUUGAGUUUGGAGAGACCAUCGUAGUAGGAAUCGAAGUAUGUAAUACAGGAACGAUGGCAAUCACCCAGGCCCGCACCGGUGGAUUCAUUGGUCCUGUAGAAUAUGGCGGUACCAUCGAUGACGAUAAUCCUACUGCAGGUGGUGGAUCCGAUAAUCGCAUUGCUGAUGGUGCCAAUGUCGGAGAGGAUGGUCGUGUUGAAGAUGGUGGGACCAUCGAAGACGUUGAUAUGUGGGAUUAGUUUAACCUCAUCAGUUUUUUCCUUAUAUAAUAGCGGACAUGGACAUGUAGAGGAAAGAGUAAUCACUUAAUUUUCUCUCAAUUUCAAUUUCAUUUCCAUCUCCUGUUCCAUGUCCAUGUUUCUUUUAUCAACAAAUUCGUUACAUACUAGCCGCCGUGAACGAUGCAGAAGAAGGAGCAAUCACUUGAUUCUCUGACAAUUUCAAUUUAAUUUCCAUCUCUUUUCUUUUGUCAACAAAUUCGUUAUAUACUAGCCGCCGUGGCCGAUGCAGAAGAAGGAGCAAUCACUAAAUUAUCCCUCAAUUUCAAUUUCAAUUUAAAUUCCAUCUCCUUUCGUUUGUCAACAAAUUCGUUACAUACUAGCCGCCGUGGCCGAUGCAGAAGAAGGAGUAAUCACUUAAUUCUCUCGCAAUUUCAAUUUCAUUUCCAUCUCCUUUCUUUUGCCAAUAAAUUCGUUCUAAUUGUUCAUUAAAAAAUAACAACACCGACAAUUGUUUUUCCCUCAUACCAGGAGUUGAACUGAAAUACAGUAGCUUGCCAAAAUGUGCCUCCGAUUGCGCAUGCUACUUUUGUGCGCGAGUGGACCUUGUACGGUAUAAUCAGUACCAAUGGUUUCGAGCUUCGAAGCUGAACGAGUUACUUAACCGGGGGGUCGUGACUGAUUAAAACUAGGUUAAUAUAGCUCACUGUUUUCAUAGAAAAUGAGCCAAACGAGAGUUUAAGGAGUCGUUGUUAACUAGUACAGAAAAGGUCUUUAUUAGUUACGGAACGCGUUAAGGGAAUCGACAGCAGUGCAUUACUAUUCCGUACCACUAAACUCUAUCUGUCAUUAUCGAUGUACCUAGAGUCUAGGUCCUAGGCUCACCUUGCAAUGCAUCGCAUGCAAGCAUGCCAAAAAUCUCUUAUGAAUUACAAAACAAAUAAAAAUGUAAAAUGAAA